AACAACAACAACACUAUUUUUGAAAAUUUACUGUUUUAACAGUGUCAGUGAGAUGUUAUCACACCAUUGCCCAUUGUUGUCCGCCCAAACGUGUGUCUUCAUGUCAAGUUUUGCUGUUCCAAAGACGAAAGUGCUCUUGGGUGCUGCCAUCAUUUUUAUGAUGUUUAUCCAAACAUCAAUGGACAUUCCUCUCGGACAGCAAAGCCAGCAUGAUGUACGUCAAGUAGAAGCGAAACAAACUUUGUUCAAUGGUUUAAUAGCAGUGGAAUGUGUUUAUCUUGGGACUGGAACGGCCACAUUUUAUGAAGUGCACAGCAAUGGUCCAAUGAAAAUUGGUUGGGGCGACAAUGAAAAUUGUGCUGUUGAAGAUAAUAUUCAAGAGCAUGAACUUAUUUGUCAACAUUCUUCUCAGGGGACCAGGGCAGUAUUGACAAUACCAAACAAGAAUUUGAUUGGAAAAUUCUUGUGUCAAUGGAAUGAUGGUCACUCUGUGAUUAUGUCAGAUGAUGUUAAUACAGGAACAUGCUCAGCUGGAACCUACCGCAUUGUUGAUGAUACGGGAUGUACAGACUGUGACCUCGGCUACUACCAGCCCCUGCAGUUCCAGACCAGCUGUGUCAAGUGUCCUGAUGGCACCAGCACCAUGCAGACAAAAUCCACUCUUGCCACUGAUUGUAAAGCGUACUGCCCCAAUGGCAAGGAGAUGGUGAACGAUGUGUGCCAAGACUGUUCCCGUGGUUACUAUCGCAGCCAAUCAGACGGCCUGUUUGCCAUGUGUCUGAUGUGCCCCCUGGACAAAAUUACUCCCUCAACAGGGGCCACUUCUAUCUCCCAGUGCAUCAUUGGCAACUGUAGUGCUGGAUAUUGGCUGAAACCAGACAACACGUGUGAGAUCUGUCCGAAAGGCUCGUACUCGGAGAGCAAGUGGCUCACGACCUGUACCCCCUGUGGCAUACACAAGACAACAAAAAGAGAGGGAGCAACAAAUCAGUUCCUCUGCAUAGUUCAAGAAAGUGACUCAUGGAGGGAGGCCUUUUUCGUAGGUGCAGGUGUUUGCCUAGGUGUACAGCUGAUCAUCGUUGGGAUAAUAUAUUUCUUGGCGGUAAAAUAUGAACCUGCCAAUAAACUCAUUAUUGGAGUUCUUGACAGACUUCGUCUUCUACUUGCAAAUGGCACAAAUGAAGAACUUGCUUCCCCAGCACCACUGCCAAGUUUCAUAACAUCACCUGGGAACUUGCCUUCUAUGAUAGCUGGGUCACCACCCCCUACGACCCCUACCAAUGUCCCACAGUCUGUAAAUGUAACCAUGACAACCACUGGUGCUGGUUUAACCCACAGCCCUGGGAGUCCAGUGCCCGUUGAUGGACAAGCAACAUCUUCCAGCCAGGGCCUGCAGUAUUCAGCCAGUUUUCAGAAGGUUACAGCUCCAGGUAGAGCAGCAUAUACCAAUCUCCAUGCAGGUAACGCUGUUAGCAAGAGUGAUGAGCGGCUGCCAGGUGUAGACGGCAACCCUGUUGAAGAGAGCGAUCAAGGAGUAUGUGAUGAAGAGCUUCCAUGUGUAAAGAUGGAUAAAGAAACUGGUGGUGAAAAUAGUGGACAUGGAGAGAAUGAACCACUUUUGCAAUUGGAAACAGUUUCAAUAAAAUCAAAGGAAUCGGCAAAACCAAACCUAAUAUUUAGUAAAAUGGGUGGUAUAUACCCAAACAGGAGCGGAGGUUGCAAUCAAGAGAGAUGUGCAUUAGUCCAUUCUUGAUCGAGGCUGGAGAGUUUUCCGAUGCAGGUGGCAAAACCAACACUGUCAAUGAACAGAUUACUUGCAAAUCGUGUUUGGAAAUUACUGUGAUAAGUGAAGUUAUAAAUUUGACUAAUUCGGUAUUGUACAGAGAUCAACUGAACGAUAGUUUGUUUGUGUGUACUGACUUACAAGUGGGUACUAAAUUAGUGAUACCAAAUAUGGCAGAAACUGUAUAUCACUGACUUGAGUCAGUAGAGAGGAACUAAGAAUUAUUGAGGUCAUUGAGAAGAGGAUCGGGGGCAUGGAGAUAGACAUGAAAAAGUUGUGGGUGGCACUACGGUAUAUGAGGGGAUGUAGAAGGUGGACGAACGAGUGAAUAAGUUUUAAGACAAGGUGAACGAGGCUGACAUUCGUGCAGCGCAGAUGGCGUCACGUAUCGAGGAGCUUGAGAAGGAGCAAGAAGCCAUGUGCGAUGAUGGGUUGUACCUCCAGUCACAGAGCAUGAGGAACAAUCUUAUGUUCUUCGGGGUCCCUGAAGACUGCUGAAGUGACAGAGCAUAAGCUUCCCCAGCAUUUCGAGGAUGCUUUCCACAUUGAGAUGGUUGAUUCGAACGUGUGCAUUGUUCCUCUGGUGCACCAAUUGUGAGGAAAUUAAGGAACAUUGUGGCGAAGUUUUCAUACUUCCAGGACUGGGAAAUGGUGCGAACGCGGUGGGAGAACUAGAUGUAACUGUUUUCAGGGUGUUCGAGCAGUUCCCACGGGAUAUGAUCCAGAAGAGGUGGAGGGGAAUUUUUGUGUACAUAUUGUGACUAUGUGAAAAUAUGUCACAGUGUGUUUCUGAAUAUUUUGUUUUUAAUUUAGAUUUGCAAGUUGUGAUUUUAUGUUUUCGUGUUAGAUAAUUCAAAAUUAAAUAUUGUCCCCAGUGAUAAUCAAAUGAUGUGAUUUUUUUUGUGUGGAUUGCUGAGUGGGAUUAGUUCAGUAUUACAUAUUAUUAUUAAUCAUUGUUACAUUAUCAUAUUAAUUUCAUCAUGAGAAUUUUGAAAUGUUUGAUAUUACGACAUACUUAUUGAGGAACUUAAAUAAUUUAUUAUGAGUUGUUUUGUUAAACGGUCAUAUAUUUAUUAUAGUUAUGUUAUAAUAUUAAUUGUGUAUGUAUCAGUUAUUACUUCUUUUGUUGAUAUAUUUUUAGCUCGGCUGUUUUCGGAGAAAACUCGAGGUAUUGUCAUAGCCAGCUCGUCGUGUCCCCCGUCCGCGUCGUGCUCAAACCUUGACAUUUUGUCAAGGUUUCGAACAUUGGCUCUAAAUCAAAGUGCUUCAACCUACAACAUUGAAACUUCAUAUGUAGCUGCACCUUGAUGAGUUCUACAUGCCACAACCAUUUUUGGGUCACUAGGUCAAAGGUCAAGGUCACUGUGACCUCUAAAAAAUAAAAUCUGACAAGCUUUCAUCUAUUCAAAACUGCACCCGCAGCCGAGCGUGGCACCCAUUAUGCGGUGCUCUUGUUUUACUUUUGCAAUACAUCAUUAUAUUUUAUUGUAGAGAAAUAUCAGUUUUGAAACUUUUGGUAUUUGGUACAUGUUGUGACCAACUGAUAUUGUUUCAGGUAAUAUAAAAAUUUGGUUUUCAAUUUAGAUUUUCAAAUUGUGAUUUUUGCUGAAACGAAACCUCAUUUUGUAUCUUAAAAAAACCUUGGCCAACUAGGCUUUUAGAUGAGAAUAUCCAAUCUCUUGCACGAUGGUUACAUUACAUUCACCUCUGUGAUGGGCUCAGAACGGACUAUUGUUAUGAAAACGUCUCAUUCAUGCCAUGAUAAUUCCAAGCGAUCAUCAUGGAGGUUACAGUAUACUAAACAAUCUCUUGCAUGAUGGUUACAUUGCAUUCACUGCAUUGAAGAAAACCAUCUCAUACCAUGAUAUCUUAUAUCAGUCUUAAUUAAUUAUCAUAAAAUUGUUAUGGUAUUUUGAUGUACAGAAACCUACAUACAUACAUACGUCGAAGCAAUUCCUAACGACACUCAAUGAAAAUUAUGUUUAAUUGUUUACAUUUGUUACGUGUACGGAAUGAUUCCGCCUGCGUAAAUGGGCAAAAAAUAGUUCCAAGGAGACGCAUUAAUACUACCAAGUUUUUGGCGGAUUAAUCGUAAAUUUAAGUCAUAUUUCUUAAUUUAAUGCAUGCGAUCUUAACUAUCCAAUCAAAUAUACACUGAAUGCGUUUGUUCGGUUUUACGUAUUUGAUAGGCAAAAUGGCAUGCUGUUUGAUAGGCAAAUUGGCAUGCUGAGCCUUUCGCAGAGGUGUAUGUGAGAGAAAGGAACGACAACUCUGCGUGGAGAUUGGAGAAUAUCUAUAUAUUGUUCUAAGAAUAAGUUCAUAUGUAAUGAAAUUUAAUAUAAUUUUUUAAAUAAUUGUUAUUUUAACUUAAAACGAUUUAGUGGUAUGUCGUCAAUGUAUGAAGUUGACAGUUCCUGAAAAGUCUUAUUACAGACUAUAUUUUACUUUGUGUUGGUUAAAAAACAUCCUAUUACAAAUGUGAUUGCCGUAUUUUAGCUCACCUGAGCACAAAAUACUCGUGGUGAUAUUUUGUGAUCACCUUUUGCCCCUUUGUGUUGUCAGCAUUUACCUUUUUAACGCUCUAGAGGCCACAUUUAUUGUCCAAUCUUCAAGAAACUUGGUGAGAAGAUUCAUCCCAAUAAUAUCUUGGACGAGUUUGAAAAUGGUUCCGGUUGGUUGAAAAAUGUGGCUGCCAGCGGGUGAGGAUUUUUCCUUAUGCAAUGUCUUGCUAUUUGGCUUUAGUAAAAGCUUGUUAACAUUCAAGAGGCCACAUUUAUUGUCCAAUCUUCAAGAAACUUGGUAAAAACAUCUGUCCCAGUGAUAUCUUGGAUGAGUUUGAAAAUGGUACCCGUUGGUUGAAAAUUGUCGCUGCCAGCGGGCAGGCAUUUUUCCUUAUACAAUGUAUGGCUAUUUGGCUUUAGUAAAACCUUGUUAUUACUCUAAAAGUCACAUUUUUAGUCCAAUCUUCAUGAAACUUGAUUAGAACAUGUGUCCCAAUAAUAUCUUGGACGAGUUUGAAAAUGGCACCAGGGGGCGGGGCAGUUUUCCUUAUAUAGCUAUAGUAAAACCUUGUUAACACAUGUAUUGGCCAAUCUUCAUGUUACUUGGUCAGAACAUUUGUCCCAAUGAAAUCGCGACUGAGAUUGAAAAAUGGUCGUAUGAGCUCAAAAACUAGGUCACUAGGUCAAAUAAAAAACAAACAUGUUAAUACUCUAGAAGUCACUUUUUUUUUCCAAUCUUCAUGCAUCACCUGGCACUAUCUAAGAAUAGUCUAGUUCCUUUAAAGGGGCCUUUUCACAGAUUUUGGCUUGUUUUAAAGUUUGUCAUUAAAUGCUUUAUAUUGAUAAAUGUAAACAUUGAAUUUUAAAAGCUCCAGUAAAAAAUCAAAAAUAAAAUUUAAAAGAGAAAAAAAAA